UGCAGCAGAGGGGCCGAGAGCUGGCGGUGGCGGCGGCGGUGGUCGUGAAGGGCAUCGGCGGCGGCGGUGAUGGCAGAGAUGAUCUGAAGAUGGAAAGAGCCAGGCGAAGGGGAGGCGGCGGCGGCCGCGGCCGCGGAGGCAAGAAUGUAGGGGGCUCUGGCCUAAGCAAGAGUAGACUCUAUCCCCAGGCCCAGCACUCCCACUACCCCCACUACGCGGCCUCAGCCACCCCUAAUCAGGCCGGGGGCGCAGCCGAAAUCCAGGAGCUGGCCUCCAAACGAGUGGACAUCCAGAAAAAGAGGUUUUACCUAGACGUGAAGCAAAGCUCCCGGGGCCGCUUCCUAAAGAUAGCCGAAGUCUGGAUAGGGAGAGGCCGGCAGGACAACAUCAGAAAGAGUAAACUGACCCUCUCCCUGUCUGUGGCAGCGGAGCUGAAGGACUGUCUAGGGGACUUCAUCGAGCACUAUGCCCACCUGGGCCUGAAAGGCCACCGGCAAGAGCAUGGCCACAGCAAAGAGCAAGGCUCCAGAAGGAGGCAGAAGCACUCGGCACCCUCCCCACCAGUCUCGGUGGGGUCCGAAGAGCAUCCUCACAGUGUCCUGAAAACAGACUAUAUCGAGAGGGACAAUAGGAAAUAUUACCUAGACCUAAAGGAAAAUCAGCGGGGUCGCUUCCUACGGAUUAGACAAACCAUGAUGCGGGGGACUGGCAUGAUAGGUUAUUUUGGCCACAGUUUGGGCCAAGAACAGACUAUUGUCCUCCCAGCACAAGGAAUGAUUGAGUUUCGUGAUGCCUUGGUUCAGCUGAUUGAAGACUAUGGCGAAGGAGACAUAGAAGAACGAAGAGGUGGAGACGAUGACCCGCUUGAACUCCCAGAGGGGACUUCUUUCAGAGUGGACAAUAAAAGGUUCUACUUUGAUGUGGGCUCUAAUAAAUAUGGAAUUUUCCUGAAGGUAAGUGAGGUGAGACCACCUUACCGUAAUACUAUUACUGUUCCAUUCAAAGCUUGGACAAGGUUUGGGGAGAAUUUUAUCAAGUAUGAAGAAGAGAUGAGGAAAAUUUGCAACAGCCAUAAAGAAAAGAGAAUGGAUGGCAGAAAGGCCAGUGGUGAAGAACAAGAAUGCCUCGACUAGAGUGAAAUUGAACUCCAUCAGGCAAAAUUUAAAAUCACAAAUUGGCUAAAAGUACUGAUCCAUUAUCCUUUGAAGAAGUUUUUCCUCUUUUUUGGCCCGUUGUUAUUAGUAAUACCUCUAGUAGUUGAUACUUCAGGAAGUCUGAUUCUCAUGUUAUGUUACACAUAGAUCACUAUAAUUCUUACGGGAAUUCCAACCUUCCCAGAGCUAAAUAGUUUAGCUGCUUCAACUGCUCCAGACUAUUGAAGUAUGCAAAUCAGCACAAAAUGUGACAUUCUGACAUUCUAAAUACCAUAACUAAGAUUUACAUUGCACUAUGACAUAAUCCCGAAAAAAGAUACAUAUACUUAAAUAGAAGUGUGACUUUCUAUUUAACAAAUUCCCCCAAAAGUAUUUCAAUCCUACUUCAUUAAAAGCUGCUAAGCUUACCUGUAGGGCAGUUACCACAGAAACAGAAAUUGACCUCCGGUAUAUAUAAAUAUUUACUUAUAAAAGUACAAGUAGACGUAUAUUGUCCGUUGAAUAACUGAAUAUACCAUCAAAGGAUCAAAUCUUAUUAUCUAAUUAAACCUUAAAAAUAUAAUGUCAUAAUAUUUCUUAAGAAUACUAUAGUAUUCUAUAAUUUCAAACUUUGUGGUAACCCUACAUUUUAUAGUUGCCAUAUCAAAGCCAUGGGAGAGUUUUAAUUGGUUAUUCUGAGUUUAGUUACAAUCCCUUCUUUACCUCUACUUAAUGUUCCAUAUAUUUUUAUUGACUUUCCAAAGUUUCAGGAAUUACUUUUAUGUCACAUUGAGUGGGAGGCUUCAUCCAAUGGCUUUGCUAUGGAAAUCUUGGUGGUGUAGCUUUUCAUGCUAAUUUGAAGAUUGCAAGAGGUUUCUUCCCCAAAAUAUAUCAUGGACUCAAGGUGUUA